AUGUCUAAAUCAACUUACAUCUCCCUCUUUGCCGCUCACCAGGCCACUUCGGAUGUGGAUGCUCAAAUAGAAUUCUACAAGGACUUCGGCUUUGUUCUUGACAGAGAUUAUGAACCCUUGGAAGUACCAGAUGUUCCCGAAGAAUACUACUCCGCCAGAGGCGUCUCAAAAUCCGAUCUCGUCAAGACGGCUUGCAUGAGGCUGCCUGCCGAUCCAUUCAUGCAUGUCAUUUUCUACCAAUGGAAAAACUUGUCGCGAGGUCCUGCUUGGCCUGCACCAUUCAACCAGAUCGGAACUCGUGGGUUUUCCAUGUUGGUUGGAGACGUGAAGGCGGAAGUCUCGCGUAUCAAGAAGAGCUUCCCCCAGAUCAACUUUCUGUACGACUCAAUCACUAUCAAGCGCAAAUGGGGCAAGACCACCACUGCGCUCUUCAUCGACACUGAAGACAUCCUCGUGGAGCUUGUCGAAAUUGAGAAAGGAUCACGGUAUGAUCCUGCAAAGAUCCGCGUCCCCGAGUUCAAUGACAUGCAGUGGCUCCAUUUCAUGCUCAACUGCAGUAACUACGACAAAACCAUGGAGUUUUAUCAGUCCUUUGGGAUGUAUCAUGAUUCUGCAGUCGACUUCCGUCCGGAGGUGGGCUUCCAUCCAUUCGGCAAAGCGCAUUACGCAAAGCAAUGGAUCGAUGCUUUCAAUUUCAAACAAGACGACCUCACCGGCGUUGGAUUUUUGCGAUCUGACCGAGAUCCUAGCGGAAUGCACCUGGAGCUGAUGAAAUAUAAUCUUGAAUCGAUGACAACCCCGGAUGACAAACCUACUUGGCAACAAAAGGGCAUUUGUCGAUAUUGUUUCAGAGUAGAAGACUAUGCCGCAGGUCUAGCUAAACAGCGUGCUAGAGGUACGAGGAUUUAUGUCGCUGAUCAGAGAGGAUGGGGAGACACUCAAUGGUUCUUCUGUGGAGAUGUGGACGGCAAUAUGUUGACGCAAGAACAGUGGUUCCCCCAGCGAUACUGGGGGGAGAAGAACUGA